AUGAACCCUUUCAGUAUCAAGAUCUCAACUACAAGUGUCAACCUGCAAACAGCUCCGAGUAUUGGAUCCAAGAUGAGCCCGGUAACGAUUGCUAUCAGCAAGUUCCUGCAGUGGCGUACUUCUCAGGAGAAUCUGCAUUCGGCUGGGACGAAUACUGUAAAUCCUACAGCAUUCGGCCCUCCGCUUACGAUAGGUCCCGAUUAUCGUCCUUACAUCCUUCCUCCAGCAACGAUGACAGACUGGGCAAACAGCAUUUUUAGCACAUCAGGAUGUCAAAUACAGGUGGACGGCGUUUGGGACCCGCCCCGAGCAUUAUUGCCCGGAUCUACAGUCUUGACACCUGUGGUUGCGUGGGAGACUGCCACGAGCGCGAUCAUAGCCAGCACCAGUCCUGCCUGGCCGGCAGAAGUCGAACAUUCUCAACUCGGGCAAACGUCUACGGCACAGGUCGUUUCGACAGCAACUGCAGUCGCGGACCAUCUUAGCGGCACGCAAGCGUCAAAUCCAGUAUCUUCAGAUCUUACAACGAUCGUCUUGACCUCAGAGAUCAGGACCGCAGUGCCUUCUGUUACGGAAGCGCAGAGCAUUAAUGCGGAAACGACAGAUCUAGGAUCCUCUUCUCCGAUUCCAGAAUCCGCCGCGGAUGCAACGGCGCAAACACUCUCAUCACAUUCAAGUUUGACCAUCCCGACGACGACAACAUCAGAACACACCUCGUUGGUAGAGUCGGCCUCAUCUGAUGCAGCGACCAGUGACGAGAGCACACUACCAGAUGCCGUUGUGCCUGUCACUGGUACACAAGUCAGCCAGUCUCAUGAUUCGCCUAGUCGUACCACAGAACUCCCAAGCACGCAGACUCCGGAUCUCGCGACUCAAACUUCAUCACCUUCGCGCUCCGUGACAUCCUCGCCUUUGGAGUUCCAG